AUGAAACUGCGACUUGAAACGGGAGAUAAAGAUAAAAUUCUCGAGUAUGCUCAGAAUCAGGCACGACGAGACCCACGCUUGACAGACAUGGAGUUUGGAAACUUUUCGCUCAUCUGCACGUAUGGCAAAGUUGAAGCACAAGCACCCCACAUUGACUUGACACUACCAAACUAUCAGUUUGGGUUGAUCCUAUCUGGCAAUUCUCCUGGAACGCUUUUUUGUGACACGCCCAAUACCUUCCACCGGGUGGAAGCUGUUGUGGAUCACUGGCAAGAUAUGCCUCCUGCAUUGAUGGAUGCCAUGAGGAAAGACAAGGACGCCAAGGACUUGUUGCAAAAAUUUGGAAGUCUCUUGGAACGAGGUAGCACUGUGCCUCAGCAAAGAGAGAAACUGGCCACGGGAAGUCUCCUUUCGUUGCCAGGAGGAGUGAUCCAUGCGGGACCUGCCUCUGACGGCUUUCGAGCCGUCCUAUUCUUCUCUGGCUGGCCCAAGGGUAGUGAGGCAGCACCAUAUGAUCCUGAUUUUUGCCGAACCGUCCACACACAUGCACGCACACUUCCGUUCCAAAUUGCUAGCCGGAGUGGUCAAGAAGAUGGAAAGCUGGCCCACAAUCAACAAGACAUGGAACAUUAUAUCCAACAGGUUUCAAAGUGGGAAUAUAUGGGUCCACGGGAUCCCUUGUCAGAACCCUUGACUUUUCCCGAAAAUGAGUACGCAACUCGGUCUGUUCCUGGCUUGUACACUACUUUUGAAGGGAGGGAUUUGCGUGUGAUUGUACUCCAACGCAAGGCGGAUGGCAAAAUCCUUCUCCGAUAUCCUUCUCCAGUAAAAGGUGGAGGCGACGACUGUGAAGGAAACAAUCCCAGCGACAAAUAUGUACUCGAAAUGAAUGACGAUGAACUUUUUGAUGGUACCAAUGGAAGGGUGUUGGAUAAUAAAAGGGAUGAAGUCAAAUGCUUCAUGAGGCAAAAGGACGUAUCUGGAGGACACACUUGA